AUGCGUCUCCUCCUACUCCUACUCUUCCUCGUCUGCGUCCUCGCUCAAACCCAGAAACCCCUCCGCACAUCAGACGAGUUCGGCCUCAGUGUCCUCGACCAUCAUUCCGCGUGCUUUACAGUGUGCCAUCUGUCCGCCGUACAGGUCAUCCUCCUCCCGAAUAUUUCGAUUAAUGGGGUUGUGUUCGUCGCCCGGAAUUGCCGGCUGCCGAUAUGGGCGAAAGUCGUCGGAGGAUGUCUCCCGGUCGUGUGCAAGUCUGCGCCAGAUGUGUCCUACGCCGUAGAAUACGCCGCAGCGUGGUGUGCCCGCUCCGGCGUGGAUAACGUCACAAUCCCCAUGCCCGAAUGGUAUCUCCAGACGCCGGGGGGCAAAUACUUCCAGAACAUGAUUCAGUCGAGCGCCACGGCUGCUGCCGUUAGUUUCGGUCUCAUGGCCGGCGCGCUUGCCCUCGUCUCCCUCGCCCCCCUCGCCUUCCUUUAA